AGUUAAUGGAGCUAUAAUUAUAUAUAUUUACUGCAAAACCCCCAAACUUUUGGACCCAGAUUUGGAAAUUCCCAUUUGCCCCGAUUCAUUCAUUUUUGUUCUUCUCCAUGGCCGCCGACGCCUCCCCGAAAUUCUCGAAUUCUGACCUAAUACAGGUCCCCCAGUUGCCCAAUUACCACCCAGAAAUCGCUGUUAUCUCGCCGGAGUCCGACGGCCUCCAGUUCUGGCAGUUUAUGAUCGCCGGCUCUAUUGCCGGCAUGAUUGAGCAUAUGGCCAUGUUCCCCGUGGACACUAUUAAAACCCGUAUGCAAGCCAUUGGCUCCUGCCCUAUUCAAUCAGUAGGUGUAAGAAAAACCCUUGAAUCUGUCCUCAAAUCUGAUGGCCCGAAAGGGCUGUACCGCGGUAUUGGAGCUAUGGGCCUCGGGGCUGGCCCGGCACAUGCUGUUUAUUUUUCUGUUUAUGAAGUUUGCAAGAAGAAAUUUUCUGGUGGAAAUCCGAAUAAUUCUGUGGCACAUGCUGUUUCUGGUGUUUUUGCUACUGUUUGUAGUGAUGCGGUGUUUACUCCUAUGGAUAUGGUGAAGCAGAGGCUGCAAUUGAGUAGCAGUGCGUACAGUGGGGUGUGGGAUUGCGUGAGGAGGGUAUUGGGGGAGGAGGGGAUUAGGGCAUUUUAUGCAUCUUACAGGACCACCGUAAUAAUGAAUGCACCUUUUACGGCAGUACAUUUUGCCGCCUACGAGGCGGCAAAAAAGUGUUUGAUAGAGGUUUCUCCAGCGAGCGCGAGUGAUGAGAGGUUGGUGGUUCAUGCUACUGCUGGAGCGGCCGCCGGCGCAUUGGCGGCUGCUGUAACAACGCCACUUGAUGUGGUGAAAACGCAAUUGCAGUGUCAGGGUGUCUGUGGAUGUGAUAGAUUUGCCAGCGGUUCAAUCAGGGAUGUUAUACAAACAAUAGUGAAGAAAGAUGGUUACAGUGGUUUAGUAAGAGGAUGGAUUCCUAGAAUGCUCUUCCAUGCUCCUGCGGCUGCGAUUUGCUGGUCGACAUACGAAUCCGUGAAGGCAUUUUUUCAAGAAUCAAACUAGCAGUAGCUAUGGUAACAUUACAUGAGAAACAAUGCAGACAGAAUGCCUUUUUUUUUUGCCCUUUAGAGGGCAUUCAUAUGCCGGGGGAUGGGCGAGUGUUCGACCGAGCAACUUUCUCUGCUCAAUUUGGUUCGUUUAACAGAUGUGAGAGGCUAUGCUCGCGGUUUUGGAGCAUAAUUAUGUUUACUAUUAAAAUUUCAGUUGUAAUAAGCCGGUGUAGGAGACCGCUCUCCCCUGUAUUUUUUCGAGAUUUUUACAAUGUACCUAAAUUUAUACAAUUUUCCUUUUCUAGGACUUUGUCUUAUGGAUUGGAAAAAAAGAUGUAAGGUCGAUCAGACAUGGAAAUAUUGGAUAUUAGCUGGUGAUGAAAUUUUAUUUUUCAUGGAUCAA